AUGACGCUCGACUUCGAUCAUCCAGACAGGGUCAUCUACAAGAUGAGGAGGAUAAAACGAGCGCUUAACGCCCUCUUUUCAAGCGAAGGGUCUCCCCCAGUCCCCACUAUCCCUCGUGGUUUUCCAUUGACUGGAACCUAUCGCGUCGUCAGCAGCGUACCAUCGACUUCGAAGUUGACCAACCUUGAACAGACGAAGCUCAACUUCAAACCAACCAAAGGAGAGCAGCAGACCACCACCACAUGA